CGUCCGGGGGUAGCCGCCUCCUCUGCAGCCUGCCCGCGCCUCGAAACCCGGACUGCCUCCGCCUCUUCCUCCAGCGGCUCCAUCCCUCCUCCCGCUCCGCGUCCUCCUGCCUCCCCCGCCGCCGCGCCCCCGGUGGCUGACUCGGCGGACCCGGGAGGGGGCCUGCCGCGUCGGCCGCCCGCUCGGCUUGGCUCGGCCCGGAGGCGUGCAUGCCCCUGCUGCCCGCGGCGCUCACCAGCAGCAUGCUCUAUUUCCAGAUGGUGAUCAUGGCAGGGACGGUGAUGCUGGCGUACUACUUCGAAUACACCGACACGUUCACCGUGAACGUGCAGGGCUUCUUCUGCCACGACAGUGCCUACCGCAAGCCCUACCCGGGCCCGGAGGACAGCAGCGCCGUGCCCCCUGUGCUCCUCUACUCUCUGGCCGCCGGGGUCCCCGUGCUCGUGAUAAUAGUUGGAGAAACUGCUGUGUUUUGCCUACAACUAGCCACAAGGGAUUUUGAAAACCAGGAAAAAACAAUUUUAACUGGAGACUGUUGCUAUAUAAAUCCACUGGUGCGCCGAACUGUCCGAUUUCUUGGGAUUUACACCUUUGGAUUAUUUGCUACAGAUAUCUUUGUAAAUGCUGGACAAGUUGUUACAGGAAAUCUGGCUCCACAUUUUCUUUCCCUGUGUAAGCCCAACUACACAGCACUUGGAUGCCAGCAGUACACCCAGUUCAUCAGCGGGGAAGAGGCUUGCACUGGCAACCCAGAUCUCAUCAUGAGAGCAAGGAAAACAUUCCCAUCCAAAGAAGCAGCGCUCAGUGUCUAUGCAGCCAUGUAUCUGACAAUGUACAUUACCAACACAAUCAAAGCCAAAGGCACCAGACUUGCUAAGCCAGUUCUGUGCUUGGGAUUAAUGUGUUUGGCUUUUCUUACUGGACUCAACAGAGUAGCAGAAUAUCGAAAUCAUUGGUCAGAUGUGAUAGCAGGCUUUCUGGUUGGAAUAUCUAUAGCAGUAUUUCUGGUUGUGUGUGUGGUAAAUAAUUUCAAAGGAAGACAACCAGAAAAUGAGCAUAUACACAUGGAUAAUCUGGCCCAGAUGCCAAUGAUCAGCAUUCCUCGAGUAGAAAGUCCUUUGGAAAAGGUACCAUCUGUACAGGUGUCUGAAAAUCAACCUUCUGAGAAUGGUCAAGAAGAAAAUAUACAGGGAAGGUCCUUUAAAGACUGUCUGGCCAGGCUCUUCAGCUGGAUAAUAGGAAACCACAUCACCGCCUUCGCGGAAGUCACAUGAUAUUGAAGCAGAUGGUUUUUCCCUGCAUUGGACAUCAUCCCUUUUUACCAUCCAUUCAUAACACCCAAAGUUUGUUUGAUUACAAUAGAAGUUUAUAAAGUUGUCUAAUAAUUUUUAUAAUUUUAAAAUCAAUGUCAACCUGUUUCCCCCACUAGACUGUGAGCUCCUCGAGGGCAGGACUGUGUCUUUCUUUUCUGUAUCCCCAACAUCUGCAACAAAGCCUAGCAGCACAGAAUAGGUGCUCAAUAAAAAUGAGAUGAUCAGAUGAAGAAAUUAAUUCUUAAAUAAAAUGUUCACUUUAGUUUCUCAAAGAAUCUCUGCGACUAUGUGAAAAGAAACCUCUACAUGAGUCAUAUUUGUAUAAGAAAACCCUCUAUUUUGGGCUAAUUAAGCUUUUUAAUUUUUCAUAUAUCUAUUCAGCAGUAUACCAUAUUUAAUUUGAAGUGGACUUUGAAAGUCAUGGGGGUUUUUAUUUUAUUAUUCAGCAUGACAUUAUUUCCAUUCUAACAGAUUUCAGUGUGUGAAAUUACUUUUAGAAAAUAUGUCCUAUACUAAAAUAAUGUUUGCACAUUAUAUUAUGCUAUAUUUCACUUAAAAUACCAUACAUGCAUACAUUCUAAGACUGGUGCUUCUGCUUUUGAAGGGGAAAAUGCCAAUUUUUACUGUAAUAAGUAAUGUAUCAUAAUUAAAAAUUAUUUAUUUGGA